GCAUGCUCUUUUUCAUUUUUAUUCAUAAUAUUUUAUCUCACUUUGAAAAGAAUGAUUUGGAGAAUGGAAUUUGAAGGGAAAGCAGUGAAAAUGUCCGGAAAUAGUGAACCGCCUCUUGACAAAGUUAUUAAGGAAAUUAAGAGCAUUCUUAAUCCGCUCGGACCCUACUGUGAACAAUGGAAUAGGAUAUUUCUACUAUCAACUGUAAUUGCACUCUCAAUUGAUCCUGUGUUUUUCUACAUCAUUGUGGUCAAUGAAGAUAAGAAGUGCCUUCUUUUGGACACCGAAUUGGGGGUUACAACAAUUGUUCUGCGUUCAGUUAUUGAUUGCUUUUAUAUUAUAUGCGUUGCUUGUCAACUUCAGACUGAUCUUUUUGCUCCUUUCUUACAUAUAAGAGAUAAUAUGGACAAAAAUUGCUGGAAAAUAGUGAGGAGAUAUUUGUUGUCAUGGUUCUUUCCGGUUGACAUACUUGCAGUUCUUCCCCUUCCACAGGUGGUGAUUUUACUUAUUAUUCCAACAAUGAAACGGUUGAGAUUUUUGGAUGCCAUGGGUGUGUUGAAAUCUGUCGUUAUCUUGCAAUACAUACCAAGGGUUCUUCGGAUUUAUCCAUUGUUUAAGAGGCACAAAAGUUCUCCUGGCAUACUUUCUGAAGCUGCAUGGGUGAAUGCUGCAUUCAAUCUCUUACUUUACAUCCUUGCAGGUCAUUUAUUAGUAACUAAUUACUCAUCAAUGGUUGAUAACUGCAAGUCCAGGAAUGCACAUGACCUACUUCCUAGAAGCUUCUUCUUCCUAGACAUUGUAUUGAUCUAAGGAGUUCUGUCCAAUGCUUCACCAGCAUUUAAUUUUUAAAAGCUUAUUUGGCAAAUAAAGCUUAAAGGCUCCU